ACGUCCCACUGUAGCGCCGCCACCGUCUCUGUUUGCGUCUCCUCCCGCGGGCUGAGCAGGGCUUCCCCGGUCCCGGGCUCCACGAUGACUCCGCGUCCCGCGCUGCGACGUCUGAAAUGACCAGUCGGACAAGUGGAUCCACUCGGUUUGGGGUUUAAAUUCGAGUAAAGAUGCAGGAGAAGCUGCCGACACCACGGACCACCACUUCGUCCAGGGCAUCGUCGUUUUUCAUCGAGAACCUACUCGGGAGAGCUCGGGAUGGGGCGGACGAGGUCGGUGUCGGGAGCGGAGCGGAGCGGCGACUCCACGCCGAGCAGCACGCGCCAGUCCCAGGCAUCUGUGGUUUCACGGUCCCGCUGCCGAGCGGGGGCGGAAUACCCCUGAACCCCGCGGUGGUCUACCCACUCCACAGUCCAAGUGUCGAUGACCACUGCUGCUCCACCAGCGACAGAGACUCCCCGGCCACGUCCGAGACUGUGACGGAAGCCAGCGACGAGAAAGCCGCAGAGAGCAGCCUGACGGACGACAACGAGGACGCGCCGAACAGCUACGACGCACGCUCAGAGCAAGACGCCACCUUUGACCCGAGCUCCACGCGCAAGAAGAAGACACGGACUGUGUUCAGCCGCAGUCAGGUGUUUCAGCUGGAGUCCACCUUUGACGUCAAACGGUACCUGAGCAGCUCGGAGAGAGCCGGACUGGCCGCGUCGCUCCACCUGACCGAGACACAGGUCAAAAUCUGGUUCCAGAAUCGGAGGAAUAAAUGGAAGAGACAGCUGGCAGCAGAUCUGGAGGCCGCACAUAUCCCAAAUUCAUCCCAGAGAAUUGUGCGGGUGCCAAUCCUCUAUCAUGAGGGGCCGGCACCUGCUGCGAGUAUGGGCUUCAACCUGAGCGCGCACCCGGUCUCCCCACCUUUGGUGGGGUUCUCCAACUCCAUCAACUACCCGCUGUCGUCGUUCGCUCACUCCAUGAGCAUGUUGAGGUCCCAGAUGACUGGUUUGGUCUGAAGACCCGGACACACCUUCACCUUCUACAGUGCAAUAACCAGCAGGAGACGCAUCCAAAGACUCUCUUCCCACAAUAGAAAUAUAAAGCCGCUCAUGUCUGUCGAAAGCAACACAUAUUUUUGCAAACUUUUGUAUUUAAAUGCACACAGAUUUGAAAUUUUGUCACUUUUUCACUAAUAGAUGAAUAAAAA